UAAACCGACAUUCGCUGGUGGUUUCACAAUGUGUGGUCACAGCCUUCAGUGCCUCUCGCCUGUAAUCAGCCUUGGUCUUUCAAGGGGCAAAAAAGCUGGUGUGUAACACUUCCACACACACACACACACACAUACACCGUCCUUGUUGAGGAGCCCCCAACAGGGAACACAGACUUAAAGAUGAAAACUUCUUGGAUAUUCCGUGGAAUUGGGAUCAUUUUUUGCAGCAUCGUUCUGGUGACUGCUUACUGGCAGGAGGAGGAAGAUGAGGAGAAGGUUCUGGUGGACAAUAAGUGCCAGUGUGUAAAGGUGACGUCAAAAUUUGUCCCGGAUAAAGACAACCCCCAAGAAGAAAUCCUGGAGAGGAACAUCCGUAUCAUAGUUCCCCUCAACGCCAGGGAGAACAUCUCGGACCCCACCUCACCCGUGAGAACCAGAUUUGUCUACAAGAUCCCCAAGCUCUGCGACAAAUGUAAUGACCCCUCGAGGACUGCAAACGGAGUGACCUUUGGCUCAAGCACUUUAUGUGGUCAUCCCCAGGAGCCCUGCUACACCUACGACCGGAAUAAGUGUUACACAGCAUCUGCCUUGUUCUCCCACAAUGGGGUAACGUCGACCGUUGAGACAUCGCUAACCCCGGAAGCCUGCUAUCCGGAUUAGGCCACAAUUGUCCUGUUUUGUUGAGCGUCGGGAGUAUCUCUACACCACAGAUAAUGUCCCUUGUCCCUUAUCGUGCCAGUAAUUGCUUCCACAUCUCCCUGCCAAUUUGAGUAUUGAUAAUUGAUCCGUGUAAUUGAUCCAGCAGUUUGGCGGCUUAUCGCAUCCCUAUCGCCGCGUAACGGAGUGAGCUCCCAUUCCUUGUCCCAGCUUCUGCCAACCUAGCCGUUCGAAAGCACGUAAAAA